CGAACGGUUUCAACUUGUUAUCAGUUCUAAAUGAUAUUAAAUACAGAAGGUCAAGUAUGUUUCUUCUAAUUUGGGAUAUUUUGUCGAUUUUUUGCCAGUUUCAAGAGCUAAAAGGCUUGCAAGCUACGUCACCAUACUACACAUCACAAAACAGCUUAACAUGGAUAAAUGCGGCAAGCAGGUGCACCCUUUGGACGCCAUCAAUAGAAUUUUCUAUACGGUCGGUUAAUAUCGCAAAGGAAUAUAUAACUGAAGAUUUGUGGGUAGGGUAUUACUUAGCAGACGCAACAUUUGAAUUCCUAGGUUGCUGGUACAUAGGAAAACACAAAGCAGUGCUUGCAUACAACAAUAGUUCUCUUGGACGGUGCUAUAGAGUAUGUGAAAGUACUGUAUACAUUGGUAUAGGCAAAACAGGUUGUUUUUGUACUGACACGAUAACUACGAAUGGUAUUCAAGUAUCAAACUGUAAAGCACAUUGUGGUGAGCAAUAUACACCGUGUGGAAGAAAUGGCUACAUGGCAUUGUACAAAGUUAAUUUGAAUGAUAAUGGUAUUGAUCGGCUCGACGAUGAGAACGAACUUCCAUUGAACAUAUCUGUACAUAAAUGUCUGGAACGCAAAGGUCAAAUUACAUCUUCAGAAAAAUUGAUAUCAACACGAAAUGGUACUGCUCUUUGUUGGACAUGGAACACUAGACGCAGAGUCAUUUUAAAAUAUAAUGCAUCUUCUUUUGACGCGAGUACCUUUAAUAAACUAAUACAGGCAACAUUCGGAUAUAUUUACAAAGCUACAGAUGGUCAAGUACUGCUUAGAUUCGCAACAAAUGCGCAACAAAAGAGAGCACUAUGCACGGGAGAUCCAUUUACGUCAACAGAUCAUUCUACAGACGGGAACCCAGGUGUUGGUAUUGGUGUCUCUGUCACUGCAGCAAUAGUAUUCAUCAUCCUUGCCAGUGUGUUCAUUAUUCUUAAAAGACGAAAGAAAAUACCAAAUUUGUGUUCGAAAACGGUGCUGACUAAAGAAUCACAUAUCACGAAGCCAGAGAUUGAAUUGUCCAAUACAACAGUCCAUAGCUCACACAUAAGCCCGUCUUAUGACAUUUUCGGUAAAACAUGCAUACAUAGUGUUGGCAAUCAAGACAACGCUAAUGAUUCGGAACCCUAUGCAGUGAUUGAGGGACAUGGAGGUGACUCUGAUCAACAUAUUGAUCACCAAGAAAAGGCAAGUAAUGAUGCGCACAAUUACUUUGUUCUUGAGAAAUGUGAUCUGGAAUUGGACCAGGAUGUUGCAGAUUUAAUGAAUAACAGUAAUGAUUCACAUAAUUACUUUGUGCUAGAGAAACUUGCGAGAGAAGCUUCUAAUGAAGCUGUCAUUACAUGUGACGCAGCAAAACCUGGAAAUUAUUCGAAGGAAAUGGAUGGCGGAAAUAUUUAUAAUACAAUAAUGGAUACUGGAAAUACAAAACAAGAUCAUGUAUAUAAUACAACGAAGAAAGAAUUACAGAAAAUUGACGCAACAUAUGACACUGCAGAGAAGGCGCGUAAUAAAAUGCGUAAUAAAAUGAAAGCCAGUGCUGAUAAGCGCUCUGAUGAGACCGAUGAAGACACGUACAACCACACUGACAGGAAGGCACCAAAUAGAUCAGACAAUGUUUACGGCAUAUUAAAUGACUCGAAUACAGAUAUCAAUCAGCAGUUUGGCAUCGCAGAUCAACUCGAUUUAGACACGUAUAACCACUUAAACAGCAAGUCAACAGACAACAUCAAACCAGACAGUCUAUAUGGCCUACACAAUGAAAUGAAAGGUAAAUACAACAUGCGAACGAAUCCGGAAGAGGACUACGACAUAACGCACAGCGAGAAUGUGUUUACAAUAACUGAUAACACUUACUCAAAAAUAGAAACGCAAUAUUAAUAUAAGAAAACGUUUAUAAAACACACGCGGGUAUAUCAAUGUGAUAGUAUAGAAAGCGUCGAGAAGUUGGCACUGACAUCGAAGAUCGAAAAUCGAAAUUAAAUUUCUAGCCAGCUUUAAAUUUCGAGCCAGUUCGAAGAUCGAAAUUCAACAUCAAAUAUCAAUUUCGUGCUAGCUUUGAACUUCUAGUCAGCUCGAAGAUCGAAAUUCAUCAUUGAAUUUCGAGCUGGAAUUGAAUUUCGAGCCAGCUCGAGGAUCGAAAUUCAGAUUUUUUUCUGAAGUCGCUGACUUCAAAUCACUUGCCCCUCAUCGAUGUGGGUUCGAGCCUCACUCGGGGCGUUGAAUUCUUCAUGUGAGGAAGCCAUCCAGCUGGCUUACGGAAGGUCGGUGGUUCUACCCAGGUGCCCGCUCGUGAUGAAAUAAUGCGCGGAGGGGCACCUGGGGUCUUCCUCCACCAUCAAAGCUGGAAAGUCGCCAUAUGACCUAUAAUUGUGUCGGUGCGACGUUAAACCCAACAAAAUAAAAUAAAUAAAUGAAUUUCGAGCUGGGGUUGAAUUUCGAGCCAGCUCCAAGAUCGAAAUUCAGAUUUUUUUCACAAAAUUGAAUUUCGAGCUGGGUUGAAUUUCGAGCCAGCUCGAAGAUCGAAAUUCAGAUUGUUUUCACAAAGUUGAAUUUCGAGCUGGGGUUGAAUUUCGAGCCAGCUCGAAGAUCGAAAUUCAGAUUUUUUUCAAAAAGUUGAAUUUCGAGCUGGGGGUGAAUUUCGAGCCAGCUCGAAGAUCGAAAUUCAGAUUUUUUCAAAAAGUUGAAUUUCGAGCUGGGGUUGAAUUUCGAGCUAGCUCGAAGAUCGACAUUCAGAUUUUUUCACAAAGUUGAAUUUCGAGCUGGGGUUGAAUUUCGAGCCAGCUCGAAGAUCGAAAUUCAGACUUUUUUCACAAAGUUGAAUUUCGAGGUGGGGUUGAAUUUCGAGCCAGCUCGAAGAUCGAAAUUCAGAUUUUUUUUUCAUAAGGUUGAAUUUCGAGCUGGGGUUGAAUUUCGAGCCAGCUCCAAGAUCGAAAUUCAGAUUUUUUUCACAAAGUUGAAAAAUGAGCUGGGUUGAAUUUCGAGCUAGCUCGAAGAUCGAAAUUCAGAUUUUUUCACAAAGUUGAAUUUCGAGCUGGGGUUGAAUUUCGAGCCAGCUCGAAGAUCGAAAUUCAGAUUUUUUUGUCAAAGUUGAAUUUCGAGCUGGGGUUGAAUUUCGAGCCAGCUCGAAGAUCGAAAUUCAGAUUUUUUUUCAUAAGGUUGAAUUUCGAGCUGGGGUUGAAUUUCGAGCUAGCUCCAAGAUCGAAACUCAGAUUUUUUUCACAAAGUUGAAUUUCGAGCUGGGUUGAAUUUCGAGCCAGCUCGAAGAUCGAAAUUCAGAUUGAUUUCACAAAGUUGAAUUUCGAGCUGGCGUUGAAUUUCGAGCCAGCUCGAAGAUCGAAAUUCAGAUUUUCAAAAAGUUGAAUUUCGAGCUGGGGUUGAAUUUCUGGCCAGCUCGAAGAUCGAAAUUCAGAUUUUUUCACAAAGUUGAAUUUCGAGCUGGCUCGAAAUUCAGCCCCAGCUCGAAAUU